AUGCCUCAGUACUUUGCUAUUAUCGGGGAUCAUGACAGGCCGCUUUAUGAGGCAGAGUUCACACAAGGUCCGCAAGGGUUUGUACAGGAGAUCAAAGAGCUGAAUCCGUUUAUACUGCAUGCUUCGCUGGAUAUUGUUGAGGAUUUGCAAUGGCAACAGAAUGCUGGAACUGGGGUAGCUGGUGGCGCUGGGAACUCUUUCCUGCGAUCCCGUAACAAUGCCAACACAGACAAUUGCUAUCUAGGUAAGGUGGAUCAUUUCUAUGGGCUCGUAGUGACGGCGUAUCUGACAUAUGGGGGUAAAAAGUUUGUGAUGCUGCAUGGCAGUAGUGUACCUGGUGGCAACAAGACCACUACUACUACGAUUGACGAUUCUAUGGUACGAUCAUUCUAUCAGGAAGUGCACGAGCUGUAUAUAAAGACUAUAAUGAACCCAUUUUACCAAGAAGGUGAUGAGCUGAGGAGUCCACUAUUCGACACGCGGGUGAAAGCGUUGGCUAAGAAGUAUUUAGGUAAGUAG